AUGACGCGCAGAUCAUCAUCCAAGCAAGGCUAUAUCUAUAUCUUUCGGGAGGGUCGUCCAGUUCUUCAUCGUCCCAGAGAAAUGUACUCGGUCACCCUUCCCUCCAUAGAAAGAUACGCCACACGGCCAAGUCGUGACCAAAGUUAUAGACGUCAGUCAUCAGUGUCUGGCGUGACUCCGAGCUCGCUACAUGUCGUAUCAGGCGUGGAAGUGAAGAUCGUAAUAGCGUACCACACCGAAUCUCGCACCACUAGCUUCGGCGAUCUUUAUAUUAAAACAGUUUACCCGUCAUCUCUGGAAUCCGAGGGUAGGACCCCCCGAGUGGCGGGUCAUACGGCAUCUUCUUCAAAAUACAUUGUCGUGUACCAGUUCCAUUCCACAAACGCGAUUGUUCGCCGUGAUCCCCAGCGUCAAAAAGCAAGAAGAUGCAGAGCGAGCUUAUUUAAAGCCUCUGCCGUUAUUCUUCGCAGGGUCCAGUGA